GGCGGAGAGUGAAUGUUGGAUAUCUGAGCCUGGAGAUUUUACUGGAGGGCUCCUCCUCAGCUCUUUGGAAUAUUUUUCUUUUCCUUUUAACCAUUAAGACUUUGUAUGUAUGAGUUUUAUUUAAAACAAAAGAACUUUCAUUUGAAGAGUUCGCCUUGCCUCUGGCGCCAGUGGAUGUAGCUGCUGGUUACUGAAUUCCAAAUUUCAAGUAUUUUUUGAGGAUUGAAAACUUUUGAAGGACGUUUAUUCUGAGACCGAAGCUUAAGAAGUUUGUUGUUGGUGUGGCUGUUUCUCAAACACCUAUCUUCACAUAAGCUGCGUGAUCAUGGCAGACUUCCCUUCCAAGGUGGACACAGAGACGAGCUCACCCCACACUCAGGGCUCUCAGCAAGGGGGCAACAGCUUCAGAGGGAUAACUGCUAACGUCACCACCAUGGUGGACAUAUCCUUUAUCCGAAGCAUCCCAGCCAUCCUCAUGAUGGUUGAAAUAUUUUUAGGGCUGCUUCACUGGGCGCUAAUAGCCAGCACAUUCAGGAUUUUUCCACCGGUGUUUGGCUGGGUGAUGUUUGUGGCCGUCACUCUGUGGAUCCUCACCACCGUCCUCUUCUUCCUGAUCCUAUUUGGUGUCCAUCGACAACUCCCCACUGUCCCCUGGCCCCUGAUGGUGAUGAUAUAUAACACCAUAGCCACGGUCCUCUAUGUGACUGCCUUCGCAGCCAAUGCAGCAAAUGUGUAUCCCUUCACCUUCUUCGUCGCAGCAUACAAUCAUUUAGCAGCUGCCGCUUUCUUUGGUGCUGUGGUGACCGUAGUGUAUGGUGCAAGUGCUUUCUUCUCCUAUUUGGACUGGAAGGGAGAUGGAGGUAACGCUGCCACCAGCACAGUGCCAACCUAGGACUCAAACCUGCAAUGCUGAUCACUGGAAAAGACUCCACGUUCCCUUUCCUGCAAGAUACUGUAGUUAUUUGAAGUCUAGUGUUAAUACUUGACAGUCACUGUAGUGUAACCUGAUUCCUACUGCUGACUUUGGUUACCCAAAUCCUGACCUUAGCUUAACCUCCGUUUCCACAAUAAGGUGAAACCUACGGUAAUUCAGACAGACUAACUCAAUGUGCUUUUACCUUUACAUAAAGUGUGGCUCUUGAUACUGCGUCUCAACAACAUAAGACUUCUUUAAAGGGGCUCUGGUUGACUGCACUGAGGCAAAAAGGCUUUUCUAUAAAUACAUUUAAUAACACUAUUGUAAAUAUCCAAAUAGAACCAGCAGUGCCUUAAAUUCUUGAUAAUACCAUGGAUGUAUUACCACAAAUUACUAACAUCUCCAGGUUAUCGAUAAAAUACACAUAUGAUGCCUCACUAGGCACAAAAUCCAAGAGUUAAAGAGGCUGUUGCCACUCACAUGUGUGUAGAAUAAGACUAAAGCUACUGGCGGCAGCUGGUUAGCUUAGCUUAGCACAAAGACUGGGGGAAACGGUCAGCCUGGCUCUGAUCAAAGAUUGACUAGAUCCCCUCUUCAGUCCCUCUAAAGCUCACUAACUACACACAUUAGUACAAAAACCACAAGGCUCUGUUUUACAGGGGUUUAUGUACAGGACUAUUGUUUCUCGGCUAGGAGUGGUGAUUUAUGUCACAGCCAAGAGACCACAAUCACAAGACCACUGCAAGUUGUUUUUACACUUUGGUGUUCGUGCAGAUUAAUAAGGCAUGCUAAUUAGUGAGCAGCUGGUGCUGGUAGGUAGAUUUUGCCACCUCUGGACAGAGCCAGGCAAACUGUUUCCCCCAUCUCCAGUCUAUGUGCUAAGUUAGGUUGACGGGCUGCUAGCUGUGACUAAAUACUUUUCAUACGGACAUAAGAGUCGUAGACUACAUUAUCACUUUCAACAAAAGCAAAUGUUCAUGGAUCUCAAAAUAUCAAAUUAUUCCUAGUAAGGUAAAACUAAAAAACACGACUUUAAAAUGCAAAAAAAAUAAAUAAAUAAAUAAAUGAUUUGAGCUACUGAGUAAGUGUGGAUAUUUGCUCAUGGUCUGUUCCUCUCCCAAAUCUUUUAGAAUCAAUUGUGAUGACAUUAGUUUGUAAAACUGCCUUAAAAUAUCAUAAUAUCUGAACUACUCUAAAGCUGUGUCCUUGGUUGGCUAUUGAUCAGACUGGCAGUGUUAAAACAGUCUGGGUACAGCCAAAGAUUUUGAGUGAUUUCUUCCAUUUUGGAGUGCACUGCUGUCCCAUAAUGCAGAAACAUAUUUUUUAAAGGUUUGUAUAGUAUUUCUUGUUUACAGACUGUGGUUGUUGUUGCUGGUGGGUACUGUAUUGUGGCACAGGGGCUGCCUUCCCCACAGACAAGCAUACAUAAGGGAAAUAACCCGUAAAACUAUAAAGACUGCGUGGACAGAAUUAUUGCAUGCAAAGAAAAGUUGAUUGAUAACUUUUAUUGACUUAUUUUUUUUAAAUAUGCAUUGUAGAAUGACCUAAAUUGUAAACUGAUAUGUGAUCAGUAAAAAAAGGUCAGCGUGAUUCGUAAAUGAUUUAAUGACCAUAUGAUCCUUGAGGAUAUGAUAAAGUAAUGACUGGUUGAUAUGUAAGCUAUGAUUUAUGGCCAAUGAGCUGUUGCUUUGUCAUUGCUUAAUUCCUGCAAUAAAAUUAUUCCAUGCAGAAUUCCAAAAGACAGAAGUCCCUUUUUAUGAGUAAGUAACUUCCUUGGUCGUAAAAAGUUAAGUUAUUGUGUAUUAGAAAUUGAAUAACAAACCCUUGGGGCGAAUAUCCUGGCCGCUAAAUUUAAAUCUGGGAACUUUCCAAUUAAAGUUAAAUUAAAAAUUAAAAAAUUAAAUUAAAAGUGCCAGACUCUUUAAGAGGGAAGCUGCCAUUAAUGGGUGUGGCUGCAGUGUGAAGCAGAAGGCUACUCAGUCAGGGCAGACUCUCAGUGGUAGCAAGGUUGACGUCCAGAAGGAGGCAGUGAAAAGCCAGGCGAGUUUCCCCAACACCAGCUCAAAUAAGCCCUUAGUUUUCAACCAUAUCAGGGGCUUGCACACUUUAAAUGGAGAGCUGGUCCAGUAGGCCCGUAUGGGGCUUACAGGUGCAGGUUGUCAAUUGAUAAGCCUGUUUCACAUAGAAGUAGAGGUAGUAUAAGUAUCUGUGUCCUCUCCUGAUUAUCCAGGCUCACACAGAAACUCAUUAAUUCCCCACGGACCAAGCCAAAUCACUGAUGAUAAACUGCAAAAUGGACAUGGAAAGAUGUAAUGUUUAAUAAAUCAUUCUACAGGAUAUGCCUCCUUUAAUAAUGCAAAUAAGGUUCCACUAUGUACUCACAGAGCUGUGAAAAAGGGUCUGUAACAGAUUUCUUUCAUUU